AUGGAGAGUUAUAAAGACAGCAUUGAAUAUUUUUUGAGUUAUUUUGAAUGUGCAGUACCUGGUGAUGUUUCUUUGGGAAGCUUGGUUGUUUUCAGUGAAAGGCAUGCUCAUGAAGAUGAAUCUGAAGAGCCGGUGAUGUGGGAUGAAAAAGAUCUACCCCGUACAUGGUAUCAGAUGCGAUUUGUAGAUAGUGUCAAUAAAAGUAAAUAUAUUAAGAAAAUGGCAUAUGCAGAGAGCAUGGAUGUGUAUCAUAUUACACCGAAAAAACUUUCAAAGGCGCUUACAUCGAUUGAUCUGCAGUUUCUCAAAAAAAUAACGCCGAAUGACCUAGUGGAAUAUGAUGGAGAUGAUGGCAAUGAGUCAAGCAGCAUAAAACAAAUCAGAUUGAAGAAUGAAGGACUGAUGAACUUUGUGGCGCACGAGCUAUCCACAAGGAAAAAUUACAAUUACUUCUUUAAGGUUUUGGAACAUCUCGAGAAGAUCAGGAAUUUCAACUCGAUUCAUUGCAUAACACGAGCAUUUCAGAUGCAGAAGCUUGAUCUAAAGAGCCUAGGCAAGCUUUCUGUAUAUGUGAAAACAAGCUUAAGCUACUUCGACAUGCGUCAGGUUUUAGACGAGCUUACUGCAGACGAUAUGUUUCUUGUAUGUCCAAUUGACGUGUAUAUCAAGGAUAUCGAAGAGUCUAAUAAGAAUAGAGGCAGUGAAGUUGCAUCGAUGAGAUUCUGCAGGCUUGUAGAGAUUCUAAUAAGACUACAGACUCAGGAGCAUGAUCUUAGGAUUCCACAUAUAACCGAGCAUUUUCUAUUUACAAGGUUCUGGAAGUAUGCUCGGAAUAAUUCAGUGUUAUAUAUCCAAGACGAUGCUAUGAAAUAUGAUGGACAGUUUUUGCUGUUGUAA